AUGGUAUCACUCUGGCCAUGGAGUUCGCGGAAACCUGAGUCGCCACCUGAACCCCAGCCGUCACGCUCAACGACCAACAGAACAAUAUCGAUAUGGGGAAAGUCUUCUACAGCCGACGUUACGGAUACUUCUUCGAAGAAUGGCUGGCUUUCAUGGCCAUGGAAUGCAAAUUCUCGACCACUACCGCCCAGUUGGCCAGAGGGAGAGCUGGCUCUCCCGGCUCCCGACGUCGUCAUUGCGAAAACGGAUGCUGCAUUGUCGAGCUGGACCUCUUCCCCGACGGUCAUUGCAGCAACUUCAGCCGUAGCAGGAGGUGUCUUAGCUGUCUCGGUCGGUUUUAUGUACGGACGAUACGGGAAGCGUCUUCAGAAUAGUCACUGGAUCACACCAGACUGGCUGGGAGGCAAACGUUGGGUGCGCGGCGUGGUGACGAGCGUAGGAGACGCUGACAAUUUUCGGCUAUUCCAUACCCCAUUGUUUGGAGGGUACCAUUGGCCCUUGAAGUUACGCUCGAUACCCACUAGACGAGAACUCAAAGAUGAAACUCUUCACAUCCGGCUGGCCGGGGUCGAUGCACCAGAGAUUUCCCGUUUCGGCAAGCCAGGCCAGCCAGGAGCUUCAGAGGCACUUGAAUGGCUAUCGAAAACUCUCUUGAAUCGUAAAGUGUAUUGCCAGCUUGCGAGGAGAGAUCAGUACCAUCGCAUUGUUGCGCAUGUCUACCUUCCGUAUCGAUUCAUUCCAGGCUUUCUCUUCAAAGGCGAAAACGUUGCCUGCAUGAUGCUCGAGGAAGGACACGCUUGUGUGUAUGAACAGCUUGGUGCAGAGUAUGGAAGCGGUGGAAAAGAAGCUUACCUCAAGUUGGAAGAGAAAGCGAGGCAGAAACGUCGUGGACAGUGGGCCUCUGGUAAACGGGGAGAAAGUCCGGCGGAAUACAAGCAGCGUCAUGCAAAAUCUUCAACCGCCGGUAAAUGACCACUGGUAAUCACAUCGACGAAAUCAUUCUCAACGGCUGUGACGACUCCACCUUCUCACUUGUGGAUUCGUUCGGUGGUGAAAUGAACGCGCAGCACGCAACAUUGAUAUGGUGUCAUUCCGUCGUGAAGCAGGACACCAGGUUAUCGAUUAUCUCUGCCAUUGACUCCACUCGAAACAGGGUGCAUUUCCUAAUCAAUGCAUUUUGGUUUGUCCCUCAUUCCCGAUUACGCG